UAACAAUUUCAGUCUAAAACACUGGUCUGGAUUUGCAAAUGAGGCGGAAGUGACGUUAUUUAUUUUGAAAAUUCAUGGCGCUGCAUUAAAUCGGGACUUUUAAAACAUUUAUCUACUGAUCCGUAUUAGCUUGGUGUGAAAGCUGCAUUCAGACAUGAAGAGAGUUCAGAUAAAAGACACAGCAAUUCCUGCACAGCCCAGUGUGGCAUCCAGAGCUGCACAUGUCAAGAACGACACAGAAAAUAAGAAGAACCAGUACAGAUCUCUGAAAGUGCCAUCUACAAGAUAUGGGCAACAGAAUGACAUAAGGGAGCAGAAUAGAGUCCUGACUUCAACAAAUGAAGACCUGCAGAGACAGCUUGAGGAAAUGAAGGGAACUGUGACUGACCUGGAGCAGCGAUACACAGACAUCCAAGGAGAAAAUCGAGAAAUUCAAAAACAGCUGCGAGACUGUCAUGUCCUCCUUGUUGCAGAAAGCCUUGACCCAGUUUCAGGGGAUAAGUUGGGCCAGACAGCUCAACAGAAGGAAGAACAAAGGAAAGAAGUUAUGACUGUUUCUCAAAAUCUCCUGACUGAGCUGAAACUGUUUGGUGAGACGGCAGAAGAGCAUGCAGCAAAUUUACUGGAAGUGCAGUACAUCAUGAGGGACCUGACGGAAGCACAUGAAAAGCUCCAGCAGGAGAGGGCAUUGUUCACUUUGGACGUGGAGGAAAUGGAGAGAGCUAUGGGGGAGGCAGAGAGACUCUUGAUGGAAUAAAUGAAAGAAACUCUUUCACUGGUCAUAAAUACUGCAGUGCCAUAUGGUGUUGUUAGGAGAUCUGUCAGUCUGAGAACGAGAAGCAUUUGGGCAAAACCGUAACAUACUGUUGCAUUUAAAGGAACAUACAGCUCAUACCAUUUUAAGAAACACAUUUUUGAGAAUGCAUUAUGAUUUCUGUUUUUGUCUGCUUACAAGUAAAGAUAUUAAUAUAAAAAUUUUCAUGCACCUCUAGAACUGCAAGGCACUUCUUAAAUGAUGCUUACUGUAUAUUGUUUUCAUUUGAAUUCUUUGUGCAAACAUGACCUUUGAUUAAGUAUCUGAGACCUACAACAUGAUGGCAAUAAGUAAUAGUUAAACUGAGUAUACUUAAUAAGCAUUGUCCCAUUUGACAUGGAGAUUUAAAGCACAACGCCCUUGUAAUGUGUGAGGUAAGACAAGCCAAUAAAAUGUAUCUUUCUUCAUUCAAGCACUUGUUCCUCAUGAUGCAUUUUUCACACAUUUAUCACAACCCAUCAAGACUGAAAUGGCCACUUAAUUGAAUUCACUGCCAUUCAAAUGAAAUAGUCUCGAACCAGGUAAAGUUUUUUUUAUUGUUAUCUUUUUGCAUUUUUCAAAAUGAAAAUUUGCUG